CUAAGGUUAUUAUAAUAAGACGAGAGCGCUUGCAAGCCAUACUGCGCAUAGAAGGAUCAGAGACUCUCGCAAUACCCACAUCAUGAACACUCUAGUGCUUUUUGUGUUUCAUGUAUUAUUUCUUGGAGUUCAUAAAAUACAGUGUAAAUCUCACCCAAAGCCUUCAUGUGGAUACCCUCCAUCCCAAUGGUGCAGGUCUCUGGAAAUUGCCAUAGAAUGUGAGGUGCAGAAACAAUGCAUGGAGCUGAAUGCAAGCCGGUUAGACCCAGUAGUUCCUCCUGUGGAAAUCUCUCUGUAUUAUGAGAGUCUAUGUUCAGGCUGCAGAGCAUUCCUCACUGAACAGCUCUUCCCAACCUGGACUUUACUCAAAGAUAUAAUGAAAGUCAACCUGGUACCCUUCGGCAAUGCUAAGGAAGUUCCUGAAGAGAAUUCAUUCUCAUGUCAACACGGAGAACCAGAGUGCUACGCUAACAUGGUUGAGGCUUGUGUUUUAUAUGAAGCCACUCAUGCUGCAUUCCCUGUCAUUCACUGCAUGGAGUCAUCUGCAGAUGUAACACAAUCAGCUAAACCUUGUUUGCAGCUGUACGCGCCAUUCAUAAAAUGGGAGACCAUAGAAUCCUGUACAAGAGGAGAGCUUGGCCAUAGUUUAAUGCACCAAAAUGCAGUAAAGACGCAAGCGCUCAAACCUGCACAUACUCAUGUGCCCUGGAUCACCAUCAAUGGGAAAUACACUAGUGAAUUGGAAGAUAAGGCUAUGUCCACUCUCUUUAAUCUUGUGUGCAGCUUGUACAAAGGAAUCAAGCCACCGGUCUGCACUGGAGCCCUGAAAAAACUGGACAGAAGCUUUUGCUAGUGGAAAGAAAAUGAUUGUUACAAAUAAAACAUCACAUAAAUGUU